UAUUAGUCAUUAGUGUGUGCUUGCGGCGCGAGUAUGUAUGUUCGUAUCGACUGUAACGCGAUUCAGCGUAAUGCUUAUGUACACAAACCAAUUCUAAGCGCAUAUUAUUUGUGACAAAUUUACGCUGAUUUCGAAUGGGAUUUAUGAAAAAAAUGUCGUGUGAAAACUUGGUGCGACUGAUGUGUUAAAAAGUUGUUGUGAUUGGUGGAUUUUUAUAAGGCAAUAAUUAUUAUAGUAGAAGUCAUUAGCAAUCAUUAGUAAGGAAAAGGUGAAUAACUAAAUAAAGAAACCUGAAAACAUCAUGUCAUCUGCCAUUUGUAAGAACUUCGUACAAAACGCCUGGAAGAAAGAACUCUGCUCGAAUUGCUUCAAAUCUAAAGACGAACACUCACCAUCGUUGAAGCUGAAAAGCGUCACUCUCGUUUCGAACGUAAAAAUCGUCGGCAUCAUCAGGGAUCCUAAAAAGUCAAAGCAAAAGCUGAACGUCGAAUUCACCAAGGAAUUAAGUGAAUUUAUCGGAUAUGGCGGAGAAGACUGGCUAUCCGAGGACGAAACCAAAGACGAAGACAUCUACGAUUCAGAAGACAUAAACGACGACGAUCUUCUGACCGACUCAGACGAAGACGACUUUAUUAAAGAGAUCCGAUUACAAACCAAGAAAAACACCAACUACAACACAGUAUCUUUAGGCGAAAUCAUAGAAGAAAAGAAAAACUACGCUCACUUAAUGCUGGGAAAACCUCUGGUAGAUUCCGAAGGCAAAAAACAAACUCUUCUGGUAUCUGUCACACCUUUUGGUGAAGAUUCUUCAAAGACCUAUAGCAACGUAGUGAAUUGUAACAAUAAAAACGUAUCACAUUUGUCAGGGUUUACGAGAAACAACAAAGAAAAUGGUAUCAAUGAAAAGAACAGUAAAAACAGUAAUUUAAAUUCAUUUAAUAACAAAAACGAUGAAGAAUCGAUAAUUGGAGUUAAAGAAGAAAAAUCUUUGCUAGAUGAAAUAUCAGAAACCCUCGAAAAAAGUAAGAACCCUAUUCAAAUCCUUGAUAAAAAGAAACCCCAACAAAGUGUAUCGAAUAAAGAAAACAUUAACAACGCUCAAAAAGACUCUGAUACAUUAACCAAAACAGAAAGAAGAAUCAGUUUAACCAGAACACCAGCUUUGAAGAACAGAGAUCUAGAAAAACCCGUAGUAUACCAAUCGAGUUCGGCUAAAAUCGAGUUGCUUAACUCGAAAAACUUAAAACUAAAUAAAGAAUCUGUGUCCAAGGAUGAAAAUCUCCAGGAAAUUAACAAUAAUAACAGUAAACCCGAGACGAGGUUGUCGAAAGGCGAUGAAAAAUUAUUCAAUGACAUUAUUUCGUCUUCGACCUUCAUUAAAAAUGAAAUACAAAACUCCCGUGAAAACAAUAGUACCAGUAAAGCAGGGGAAAAGAAAGGUUUAACGUCUCUUCAAAGUCAAAGUCGUGAACAGGCUGGGAAACCUGACGGUAGGGAAGAUCCCGAAGCGGCUCUGGAACUGCCAGCUUUACCAGCUACAUCUCCACCGCCUCUGGAAACACAGUCGUCGUUCCUGCAUGGUUCUGGCGGUACUCUGAGUGGUUCCAGUAACAACGUUUCGUCGACUACGAACAGUUAUCAUCCUCCGCUGUAUGAGAAGCCGAAAAUUCCGUCUAAACCCACUGUGGUACUGACUAGGAAGCCUGGAAUGAUGGUGCAGAAUAAUGGUAUGGUUCAAAGUCCGCCGAUGACGACGUUUGCUAAGGAACCGUUGACGAAACAGGAUUCUGGCAGUGAUAUGGACCCAAGACUGAAUAAAAGAAAAGCUCCAAAACCGCCCGAAGAAACGCUCAUCAUCAACUCAACAAGUGUACCAAAUGGCAUUAGUGGACCGUUAUUUACCAGAAAUUCCGUGGUUCUAACCAAUGGAGACUCGCCAGUGGUGAGGGAGAAGGAGAAAAAGGAGAGGAACGAGAGAGCCAGCUCGUGUACUCCCAAAAUGUACAGUGUGAACACUGCUAAAAAUGAGAGCGACCAUUACCAAGUACCGGCACCGACACCAAGGAAGAGCUUUUCCAUAUCGACAGACAAUUUGACAAACACCAACGACGAAAAACGCAAAGAAAAAACUAAAGGACGCUUUUCACUGAGGAAGUUCUUGCGCAUGGGUUCGAGCAAGGAUUUGCCCAGAAUGUCCGGCGAUUCGCCUACAGAUGAUGCCCUGGACUUGCCCAAACCUAAACCCAGGCUGGUUAUCGUUCAUCCGACUGAAUUGAACGGUUCCAAGGUUGAAGUAGUGACAAAACCUGACAAAGUUGAUGCUACUAACGUUGACACCAUAGAACGUGUAAAAUCAAGCAAGCCACCUCCACCACCCAGGAACUACGACAACUGGAAACCACCUAUAUCUUCGGCGCCUCCACCAAAAAGCAUGGAAGUGAUCAAUAAGCAGCGCGCUCUGUCCAGAAGUAGUUCCAGCUCUAGUACCAACAAGAGCAAGUCCGAAACGGUAUACGCCAAUAUAGGAGAAGUUAGAUCUGCAAUGGUACCCAACAAGCCUGUUAGAACUGCCAGCAUGAGAGAGCGGGAAGCCCAGCAACAGAAACAGGUCCAGCACAAGAAAAAUAUCUACGAACCCAUUGGAUCUGGUCGUAUCAAAUCCACGGAAAACGUCUACGACUACGUCAACACCCAGUGUAACCGUUCGAGUAGUCCAAGCAGCGAUUCCAGUGGCAAGAACAGUCCCAAAUCGAAAAACCUGAGGUUAAAUAAACGGUCUGAAAGUUCGAUAGAUGUUUCUGGAGAAUAUUUUAAAUACGGAAAUAUUCCUAGAAGUUUAUCUCUCACCUACUGCGGAAGCGAGACAGAAUCUGAAAUUUAUUCGCCUUACAGCUUCUAUGGAAGCGAAAGUGAAGUAACUGAAGAUGACCACGACUGGAUACAAAACGGCAGGACACACAAGCUACGAUCCAGAAAAGGACGAAGCAUCGUGCACAAAAAUCUGGAAGAUAACUAUGGCGCUGUCAUAGUUGCAAACCAUGAGGCUCUGGCUCAAGUUCUUGAAAAUAUACAGCAAACCAUUUUCAUACAGCCAGCUUUGAGAGGCCUCAAACUCUGUUCCAAUCUGCGACUUACCGAUUUCACAAUGAAAUCCGGUAUUUCCCCUGUGACAAUAGGCUCGAGGACUUUCCACCAAGCUCUGUGGGGCGCUCAGCAUGUCACCCUAAUGUUCAGUACGGGAAUUGUUUCCACUUCGAGUACUAUGAACUUGGGUACGUUCAACCUGAACUCCGUCACUGACUUCAGCGACUUGGUGUCUGGUGAGUUGCUGCCAGGCAAGAAAGAAGAAAGUAACAAGUUUGUACAAGCUAGUAUAGCUGUGUUGCCCUGGUUACAAAUCCACACGAUAGAGACAUACAGCGACUACCUGAAGGGCAAACCGAGCCAAGACGACACCUGGAAAGACAGUUUCUUCAUCAUGUUGCAGCUAGUCAAUGCUCUGAAAAUGCUCCAAGCUCAGGGAAUCGAAGAGCUACCUUUAAGUCUAAACAGUUUCGUUCUUUGCAAGGAUAUGGAUAGAGAUACUCACCACAGACUGUGUAUUCUACAAGGUAUGCCGCCGGAACUGAUGACACUCAGCUCGCCGGAAGAGAAGUACGCCAGUCUGUGCACGUGCGCUUCGAAAGCUAUGGCGCUGCUUCAACCAUUCUCCAAAACCAUGGGACUGAUUCAGUCGUUGCUGAGUAACGAAAGAUCGGUGUCGCUGACUCAAGUCAAGGCGGUGCUGGAGUUCAGCCUGUGGGGACCGUCAGACGUAUCGUUGGGUAGUUCUGUCAGGGAACGAGAACUCACCCUUCAAAGAUGGUUGGAUCUUCAACGAGCUACAGUCCUCCACGGAUUGGUCUGCGCAAGAGUCCAACUAACCGUAUACGAAGAGUGCCAUCUGUUGUUCUUAGUGCGCAGCAAUGCUCGCAUGAUGAGCGACGCAUCCAUGCUUAUUGAAUCCAAUAACUUAAAAUACUCGCAUUCAAGCAAGGCUUGACGUACAAAAGAUAUUUUUAUGAGAAAAUGAUAUUCAUUUUCGUGUGUUGUGAAUCGAUAAUAAGUUUUUUACAUCAAUAUGUGCAAUUUUAAAUUAUUUUCAUAUUUUUUUGUACUAAUGAGAAUCAAAAAAAUUAUUUGAAAAUCCUUAUUUAUUAUUAAGAAGUCUGUCUAAGUAUAUUAAUACUCACUAUAUUAUAUUCGAGACUUAAACUAUCAUUUUUUUUAUAUACCGGGUGCGUCUCGAAAGUGGCUCACCCCUAUAACUUUUUUAUUUGUUCAUAUAAAAAAACGUGAUUUGAUA